CCACCGAGAGCCAAGAGUGGCUUGGAGGGGUCGCAAGGGCAGCUCGGUUAUCCCGGCGACCAGAAGAUUCUUUCAUCGAGAACCCAGCCCCCGGGAACUCUGUCUCCCACAAAUGAUCGUGCUGACAUCACAGGUUGGGCAUGCUGAUUAGGUUGUUGUUCAACAGGGUAAAAAACUGGACUACAAUACCCACACGCCACCUGGUCCCGAGUUUGCGUCUACUCUAUUUCCCAGGGUGCUCAGCGGAACCUCUAAGGCCGAAGAAGCAGGCGGAGAUAGGAACACAAGGGAAGGAGCCCGCACAGUCUUCUGGGAAACGAAGUCCGCCGGCUGGCGCGGAGGCUCCUGGGUGGAGUAGCUUGAGGAAAUUCACGCGGCGCCGGAAGUGAUUAAGAGGCGCGAGUGUGAGGAGUUGGGUCUGCGUCUCCCUCGGGGCUGGAGUCGCGUCUGUUAACCCGGCGGACGGCAGUCUUCAGGGAGACUUGCGUCCUGCCUGAUCUUCCUACUUCCUGACGUUUUGGGGGCUCCUCCAGGAUGGCCAGGGAGUCUGCCCUUGGCCGAAGGGAGAUUUUGCCCCAGCUCCCUUGUCCCCCCUGCAGCCCUGCCAGCCCGGAAUGUGGAGAGAAGGAGAAGGAGCUUAAAUGAGACCGUCAGCUGCUGGGCCCUAGUCGGCUAUGACCAAGCACCCCCUGCUGCCUCCACCAUAGCACAGAUCACCUGGAUGCGUUGUUCCUGCCCUGUUAGCCUCACCAGACAAGGUGCUUCUUGGGUACAGGAGUUCUUAAAGUGUUGCUUGAGUGAUGAAUGAAAACCUUCCUCUACCUGGAACUUGUAAUCCUCAGGGAUGUAGCCAUGGACUUCACCUUGGAGGACUGGGAGCAUCUGGGGCUGGACCAGGGGGACCUAUUCUGGGACACAGCACUGGACAACUACCAGAACCUUUUCCUGCUGAACCCCUCCAAACCCAAACUGACCUCUUGUCCGGAUGGCGGGGAAAAGCUGGAGGUUCUGGUGAGAGCAAGCACAGAAUCAGAGUGCCCUGACACAGCUGGGGCCAAGACCUGUCCUCUGGCAGAAGACUACUUAGAAGGACUCUCCCAAGAGGUCACAGAGACAUUGUCCAAGGAUGACCUUCAGAAUUCCAGUUGGGGGAAAGCCUGUGUAGGUGAGAGUUGGUUAGAUAGUCUGCUAGGAGAUUCAGAAAAUCUUCUGAGGUCUGACAUCAUUACCAACAAGGAGAGUCCUACAGAAUGCAGGAGUCAUGAACUCAAAACAGACCUUGGGCCAGAGUUCCUCUUUUCCACAGGAGAGGAUUCUGGGAUGUACAAUCUUUCUGAAAAGAGCCCUGCACUGGCUACAUCUCAGGAACAUGAGAGUGACCUUGGCUGUGUCUUAGAUCAGAACCAGCAGGAGGGCAUCCAAGAGGGGGAGAAAUUGUAUAAAUGUAGUGAAUGUGGGAAGAGCUUCAGCCAGAGUUACCAUCUUAUCCAGCACUGGAUUCUUCAUACUAGAGAGAAACCCAGUGUGUGUCAAGAGUACAAGGAGGGUUUCAGCCAGAGUUCUUGCCUCUUGGCACCUCUGACAACUCACACAGGCUACAGAUCCUUUGUGUGUGCCAAGUGCGGGAAAACUUUCGCUCAGAACAUGCACCUUGUACAGCAUCAGAAAAUUCACACCAGGGAAAAACCAUGUAAGAAUCAAGAUAGUGACCAGCCAUCGGUUGUCGGCCUACAGCCUGCUGAGCACCAGAAAACCCAUACGGGUGGUCAGUCCCACAGAUGUAAUGAGUGUGGCAAGAGUUUCAGCCAAACCUUUCAUCUUACUCAGCAUCAGAAGACCCAUACCCAGAAGCUCUACGAAUGUGCCAAAUGCAAGGUGACCUUCAACCUCAGGAAAUACCUCCUCCAACACCAGAAAAUCCAUUCCACAGACCCUCCCUCUGAGCAUCAGGAAUGCAGGAAGGCUUUCAGGCAGAGCUUGCUGCUUAUCAAACACCAGUCUGUUCACACUGGAGAAAAGCCUUACAAAUGUGAUCAGUGUGGGAAACCCUUCAGGAAUAUCUCAACCCUAAAGAUCCACCAGCGGGUUCACAGUGGAGAGAAGCCUUACAAAUGCAAUGAGUGUGGGAAAGCCUUCUACCGGAAUACUCACCUUAAUGAACAUCAGAGGAUUCACACUGGCUAUCGGCCCUACAAAUGUCACAAAUGCAUCAAGAGUUUUAGCCGGCCCUCCCACCUGGUUCGACACCAGUCUAUCCAUGCCAUAGAAAAGCCCUACAGCUGUACCAAAUGCAAGGAAACUUUCAGCUGCAAUGAACACCUCGUCCAGCACCAGAAAAUGCACACUGUGGAGACCCCUUAUGAAUGCCAGGAGUGUGGUGAGCGCUUCAUCUGCAGCUCCACACUAAAUUGCCACCAGACUGUUCACACCAGAGAAAAACAAGGACUUAGUGAGAGCGGGAGGAUCUUGAAUCAGGACUCAGAGCAGAGUGAGCAACUGAGGAUCAGUGAGAAGCACUUUAAGUGUAACAAAUGCGAGAAAACCUUUAGCUGCAGCAAAUACCUGGCUCAGCAUGAGAGGGUUCACACCAGGGUGAAGCCCUUCGAGUGUAAGCAGUGUGGAAAAGCCUUUAGCCAGAGUACACAGCUCAUUCGCCAUCAGAGCAUCCACUCUGGGGUGAGGCCAUAUGAAUGUGGGGACUGUGGGAAGGCCUUUGUUCACAGUACUUCCCUCACUAAACAUCAGUCUAUCCACCAGAGCGAACACCCUUUUAAAUGUAAUGAAUGUGGAAAGACCUUCAGCCAAAGUGCACAUCUCUCAGAAUAUCGAUUAAUUCACACUGCAGAGAAACUCUUUCAGUGUAAUAUAUGUGACAAAUCCUUUGCCCAUAGUAACUGCCUUACUCAGCAUCAGAGAAUUCAUGCUGGAAAGAAGUUCUUUGAGUGUAACGAAUGUGGAAAGUCAUUCCGUCAGAGCUCAUGCCUUUCUAAGCAUCAGAGAGGUCACACCGGUGAGAAACCUCACAAAUGCAGUGACUGUGGGAAAACCUUCAGCGUGGGUGCUCAACUCAUUCAACACCAGAGAGUUCAUACCGGAGAAAAGCCUUAUGUUUGUCAGGAAUGUGGGAAAGCCUUCACCCAGAGCUCGUGCCUUUCUGUUCACCAGCGAGUUCACACUGGGGAGAGGCCUUAUGUUUGUCAGGAAUGUGGGAAAGCCUUCAGCCAAAGCUCGUGCCUUUCUGUUCACCAGAGAAUUCACACUGGGGAGAAGCCUUAUGUAUGUGCUGAAUGUGGGAAAGCCUUUGCCCAGAAAGCAAAUCUGAUGCAGCAUGAGAGAAUUCACACUGGGGAGAAACCUUAUGUCUGCAGGGUGUGUGGGAAAGCCUUUGGGCUCAGUGCCCAUCUCAGUCAACACCAGAGAAUUCACACCCAAGAAAAACUGUAGCAAUGUCAGCCUUGUCAGCCCUUUGCUGUAGGUCUCAGCAGAAAUCGGCAAGUUCAUACUUAGAGGUAAUAAGGAGUUACGUAGAAGUAACAAGUAGCAAUACUAUCUGCUUCUGAGUGGCAGCAAAGUCCCAGAUAUUUGAACAUAGUUCAUCUAAAGUUGAAAUUGUUGAAAGUCCUAAAGUUGAAAUUGUCACAUUGUAAGCUCCUUCCCCCCAAAUAAAUACACUCCUUAUCCUUAAAAAA